AGGUUGUUCCUCGCCGCGUGUCCGAAACCGAUAGGCCUUGCUAUUCCGCCCGUCAGCCAUGGGAGUGCAUGUUGAGACAGUGGUGUCAGACCAGGAACCCGACAAUAAGUCGCGGGAGCUCGAAUGUUUUGCCAUGAGGAGGUGUUCAACGAUGUGAAGAUCUGGAACAACAUCAGCGGGGACCUCAAGAAGGCUCUCUAUAAUUGCCGGGCCUUAGAUGGCAUGACACCCUUCCAGGAGUACUGCAAUGCCCUCAGCAUGGUCGUGCCUGGAGCUCUUUGCCUCUACCUCUGCCUGUGGCCAUCUUCUGGCUUGUGGUGGACUUGGCGUAUGAGCAUCAUCGCUGCUGCAGUCCUGCUGCACUUGCCCUUCAGCAUGGCUUUCCACUUGCUGCUGGCCCAGCGAAAGCUGCAGCACUCCAGCAACAACACGGCCAGGCGUUUGGAUCAGACCUUCAUCCACGUGACCUGCAUGGCGAGUGCUGCUGCCUUGAGCACCAGCGAGGUCUACUGCUCCCUGUGCAUCCUCUUGAAUAUGUACUUCAUCAGCCGGCUUUGGGCAUUCCGAGAUGCAGGAGUCACCGAGCGAAUGGCCAACAUCGGCAUGGCGGUGCUGCUCUACUGGGUGCCCCCACUGCUGCGAGGAGAUUUCCAGAACACUGCGUGUGGAGUCGGGUACUUCGUCCUGGGGGCCCUGUGCAUGCACUUCCGCCUAGGCGGAUGGGGUCACAGCUUGCUGCACAUCCUGAGCGGCGGGCUUUGCUAUCACAUCCUGGCCGCUGGAGCCUUCUAGGGACAGCGGAUGGCCAAAGACGCGCCGCAAUGUCGGAUGUCUCGGGUUCUGUUUCCACCAACCCGCGGGCAAGCCGGCCGGUUCCGGUUCCGGCAAGCGCGUGGCGGGAAGCAGGUUCCGAACAGGUUGCAUCCCCGGCCCCUGAAAAAUGAACUUGGGGGAGGGUGUCA